UCACGCAUGCGCAGCCUAUUGCAAUAUAAUCAACAUGGCGAAGAGUAGUUUACCGUGAGAUUGAGAAGGAAAGGAACGUCAGAUAAACAUUGCUGUUUUCGUUGAUUUUUUCGAAAACCUUCACAUUCAUCGGAGCCUAGUUAGUUAUAAAACCAUGGAGAACACUAUAGACCCUGAAAUUGAAGUGAAAAAGCUUCAGGAUUUGGUCCGAAAGCUUGAAAAACAGAACGAACUGCUUCGAAGCAAAGCGGAUGCAAUCGGGAGUCCGACAUCGAAUGGAACUCUGCCAUUGACAGAAGCAAACACGAACCUGAAUUCUAAUGGAGAUAUCAAAUCGGGAAAAAUAAAUGAGACAAGGACAAAAAACUCUGAUAAAGGUCUACUUGAUGCAGUUAAAGUAUUGGACACUAAUUUAGGAGAUUCAGAUGACGAUACUUGGUUAUAUACAUCACCAAUCAAAAUAGCUAGUCCAGAACAGAAGUGUAUAAGUCCAUAUGAUUGGAUCAGACAAGACUUUGAAAAUCCUACCAGAGACCAGGAAUCGGCUAAGAAAUGUCUACUUGCUAAGCUGGAUGAAGUCUCUAGAGUGAACAGAAAUAGCAUGGGACCCAGUGCAAUAGCAUUGCAACAACCUCAAAUACCAAACCAAGGCAGUGGAGAUCCACUAAGAGGAAUAGAAAAACUUGAAACAUCUCCAAGAAGUCAAUCUCCGCCCCCAUCUCAACCCCAGAGAAGAGAGAGACGGACGAGUAAGGAGGAAAGGAUGGGAUUAGCAAAGCUUGAAGAUGUGACAGAUGUACAGAUACUAGCUAGAAUGCAAGAAGAGAGUUUACGGCAAGCAAUGCACAGUUCCCCUGCCAACUCACCAAGAAGAAUAUCAGUGUCCCCCGCCUCAUCAGAAAACGCCCUCCACAGAUCAGCCUCUCGUAGCUCUAGCGUCAGCAGCACGGAGGGAAAGAGUGAAGAUGGAGACGAAGGUCAAAGGUCAAACGUCGUCAGAAGGAGACCUUCCUUUGAGAGGAUACGCAAAGCAGGAGAAGGAGGGAGAAGAGAUGGUUUAUAUAGUCCUAGAAACAAUCAAGAUUACAGACCAGAAGAGUUUGAAGAGUGGGAAUACUCCAGACCUGUCAUUGGUCGACGAUUGUCACAAGAGAAGAUUAGACGUCCAAGUGGUGAAGGUAAUGAAAGGAAAGAAUUAUCACCGAGGGGAACACCAGAUGGUAGGAAUGGAGAUGCUAAACACAAUGCAGUAAACAGACUCAGAGGAACAGAGGAACACUCGAAGAUUAACGGUCUGCAUAGGAGACAUCCAGAUGUCCGAAAUGGGGAGCUUAAAGCGCCCUCUAAAAAGGUUAUCGUCAGACGGAGUCCGUCCCUUGAAAGUCCUCAGAGAACACAUCAAAAAGGAAGCAGACGUCAACUAGGACAACCCGUGGUUAAAUCUAAGAAAGCCCCACAAGCUGAGAAACCUCCUGGUCAUCGAGGUAGCUUGCCAAACCUGAACAACCGUACAUACGUCAUCCAACCACCAGCACCCCACCCCACACCAUGCACCCCACCACAGACUCCUAUGAACAAUGAAAAUCAUUAUCAACCUGAUAUGACGAGUGUAGACUCGGGAAGUAGAAUUAAACAACCUAGCAGCAUUCCUGUUAAUAGGGCGCCCUCUCCCAGGACGUUAAAACAGCCAUCACCCACCAAGCUACGAGGGGCAUCACCUCAUCGUGGUAGCGGCAUUCCAGUAAGAUCAAGUCAGAUGGAAAAGAGUCAGAUACCGAGACCUAGGUCAGCUGUUAUUCCUAAGAGUGGUAUACCAUCACCUAAUAAUAGAACGACUGUUUCACCUCGAAGUUCAGUCAAGACGAGAGAUGAUAGUUGGAGAGAAGGAUGCUAUUGACAACAUCUUCCAAGUUGGUUCUUCUUCAUUCUGCUACCAGACACCUCCAGCUCCAAACUCAUGGAGAUGUGCCUAGUCUAGUCCAUCAUUAGGGAAUUGUUGUAUGACAGUUAUGAAGGAAUGAAUCCUUCCUAUGUUGGAAGCAGUUUGGUGGUGAUGGAAGAUCGUGAAUAGGAUAAUGACUAAUGAACAUCUGAGAUGAAUUGAUAGUUGAUGUAAUGAAGAGGAGGAUCUUAGCACGGACCUAGGAAGUAAUGGACCGUAAUGGUAGUUGCUCAAAUGCAGCAGGAACAAUGUAGACAUCUGUGGUCACACGAAGAGAAUAUUUGGACCAAAUGUGAACUAACCUGAAGUGACGACACGUCUGCUGGUGUCAGUUUCUUCAAUGGCCAGUUGUUCAUAUAAGAUGAAUGCAAGAAAGAUGCAAAAAAUAUGAAUGCACCAAGGUUUUAUCUUCAGCAAGAGGCUGUUGCUUGACAGAUGGAGUUGUAGAGUGACAGUGGAAUGUCGGAGCCCUUUCUGAUAUUGCAGCCUCAUUGCUGUGAUGAUGAGAUAAUGAUAGGAAUUGCUGUACUACUACUGUGUGUACCUACAGAACUGAUUGCAAUGUUCAAUGUUGUUGGUAGCUCCUUACUUGAUACAAUGACUGGUCAGUAAUGGGUUGGGAUGGGAGAAGGGGUAUUACAACCUGGUGGGUAUUUUAUAAAGUUGUUUGUAAGUUAAGAGCGACCGUUUAAGAACGACUGGUGAUCCUUGUGGUAAUUGGUAUAGACACCAAAAUGUUCAAGGGCGAUGGUUUAGCGCAUAAGAAAGGAUCACCAGUCGUUCUUAAAGUCCCUCUUAACUUACAAACAGCUUUAUGAAACACCCCCAGGACCUUCACUUAUUUAUACCAUAUAUGAGACUUUAAUUAUAAUUCAUGUGAACUUUAUUCAUUUCAAUCACAAGUAAACCUAUCAAGGUUAGUGUGUGAUUGUUCAUUAGGAGUAAGCUGUACUUCUCUUGGAUUUUCUCAUGCAAUACUUACAAACACAUUGGUUCCUGGCAGAAAGGCUGGAAUAGAUGCAGAUAAAGAGUAUGCAAUUCUUUAUGACAAAACUUGCAGACAAGCUAUGAGUUUACAGCCUGGAACAAAUCCUGAGCCAUUACCAUAGAAUGUGUAACACUCAUCUCAUUAGUUAAUGGUUUGGAAGUUCAGAAUGAUGGUGGAUUUCACCAUGUCUUCUCUGCAGGUUUCAGGGUGAUGCUCUACCCAAGUUCUAUCCCAAUUCUCAGCUGUGUUGGCUUAUUGCUAUUUCUUACGUUACAUUACUCUAAAGAACCACCCAAUUUACAUAAGGAACAUGGAAUAUACAAGGAGAUUUUUUUUAUCUAAAGUCGUUCUCACAAACUUUCAUGUACACUUUUCCAAAGAAUUCAAUUGGUUCAAACCUCUUUGCAGCCGGGUUAGAAAAAAGUGUUUGCUGUCUCUGACAGUAUUUCUCUUUCUUUAGACCCCAAUAAUGCCAUGGUUUUUUCCUGUCAUGUCUUACUUAAACUGUUAAUUAUGAAAGAAAGGUAGCUCUAUUUACAGUUCAUUUAAUUUGGGGGAAUUCCUGAGUAUUAUGGAAGAUCAUGUUGAAGAUGGAUACUUAAAUAUUAAGGUAAAACACUAUUGUUUUGGGUAAUAUGCAAUAUCAUUAGUUUUAACAUUUGAAAUGUUUGCAAUUCACUCAUAUUAAAAGUUUUACUACAAACAAGAACAAUGUAAUAUGCUAGGUUGGUUUUCUAAUGGGUUUAUACAAUUUACUUUUUAUUUUUUUAACAUUGGAUAUAGCCGUACAUUGUCUUAAACUUUGUAGCUCUGUAGAGCUUGCUUUAUACAUGUAUAUUCUUUUUUGCAAUACCAAUUAGAAUAAUGUCAUUAUCCUGGGGAGAAAUUUGAUUAAAUUAGUGUAGCUAUCAAUACCUUAUGGUAUGGUAUCUUUAAAUUUGAAUACAAGAUAUCAGUAAGUGAGUUGUAAAGAUGGAAGGCAUUCCAGGAACCUGUUUGCAGAGACGUAAAAGCUGUUUUAACUAUUGUGGAAUCCUUGACUGUGAUUGGCUUCUGAGCCCUGUUACCAUGGUAGUUGCGAUAAUGGCAAAGUUACAACAGUUCUAACUCUUUAUGAAAGAGGCCCCAGUUCCUUGAGGUAAGGUAAUAAUAUAGAGAUAGUGAUGUUAAUUAUACAGUAAACCCACAAGAAUCGGUAACUUAUUUGUUUAUUAUUUUUCUUGUACCUGUUUGUAUUGUAGAAAGGUUUGGCUCAUAUAUUAUUCCUUUUUCUUUCUUUCUUCAUAUAAAUUCUAAUACUAGCUUGCCAAAUAUAAUAAUGACAUGUACAAUGAUUUGAAGUCAAACAUGGUACUGAUUCCAAUAUUCUUAAAGUGUGAUCUUUUCUUUCACUACAUCUGACCAAAUUAAAUUUGCUGUGGAAUAUUUUUUGUUUC